GCGUUUCGUUUUGCGCGCUCUAUUGAAUUGCUUCUGUGCAUACUUUAAAACUCGAGAUUUCUGUUGAUAUGUAUGUACGUUAAUUCUUAUACUUUUAUUGGGCAUUUUAAUGGAUCAUUGAUGUUUUAUAAAUUUAUACAUAUAUUGUGAGAAACAUUUUGAACGUGCUGCAUUAUUGAGUAACUAGUACGUAACUAAGUGAUAAAGAAAUUAAAUAGUUAAUGACUUAAUGAGACUGCUUAUCAAUUUCCUACUUGCGACGAUAUCUGCUAUGAAAUUAAGUUCUUUUUUAAACUUCCUUAGCAACUUACGCAUGUUCAAUAUUUUAUUAACAAAUAAUACUUAUAAAUAAGAUCCAUGAUUAAACAUAUUCUGUGAAAGAACUCUAUGAUAUUCUAUAUACUCUGUAAAAUUUUAUCAUUUCAUAAAAUGCAAACAAACUAAUAACAAGUGCAAAGAAAACUCGGUAUAACUUAUUAAAUUUAUACUUCCCAGACUUUCAAAAAAACAUGAAUAAUAGUACGAAAAAGCCAUUGACCAUAUGUAUACGUAUAUAUGUUAUAUAACUUUUUGAAGCCAAAUUCAAAUAUUGGCGCCACAACUUGGCGCCGCUAUACAGUCCUAGGAUCUAUAGACGCUAGUAAUAGUGCUAAUGCAUCCGAGUUUUUGGGAGCGUUGGCAGCACUGAGCUCUCAGCCAAGUUCGGCGGUACGUCGCGGAAAAUCCCAAGUCCGCGCAGCGGGUUAUACGCUGCAGGCGGUAGGUAUAUAGGUAUAGUUCUCCCUCUGCACGACCCACGCCGUCCCGGUUAGUUUUCGUGCAUCCAACAUGGCUGGACGAGGUGGUUACGAUGAUUUGAGAGAUUAUUCAGGCUCGCGCAGCAGUAAACCUUUGCCUACCGAGCCACCCUACACUGCAUACGUUGGCAAUCUACCAAAUGGUAUUGUCCAGGGUGAUGUCGACAAAAUUUUCCAGAAUAUGAAUGUGAAGAACAUUCGACUUGUCAAGGAUCGAGAGACAGAUAGGUUUAAAGGUUUUUGUUACGUUGAAUUCGAGGAUUUGUCAGACCUCAAGAAUGCUAUCAAGUUAAAUGGAUGUGUCGAGGUAGAAGGAAGUCUUCUUAAGAUCGAUGUAGCCGAGGGCAAAAGGAACGACAGAGGAGGUGGUUUCGAUAGAAGGGGCAGAGGAGGUGGUGGCCCUGGUGGUUUCAGAGGUGGCCGAGAUGGUGGCGGUCCACCAAGAGGAUAUGGCGAUGAUUUUGGUAGCCCUUUCAUGUUUCAGAGAGGGUACAAUGAUCGGGGGAUGCAAGGUGGUAGGCCUGGCGGUGGCUUUGGCGGUGAACCCCGAGGCAACCGAGGAAAUUAUGGCAACUUUGGUGGAAACGAGGAGGCCGGUGGUGGUAGGGACUGGAACUACCGCGGCGCCAGUGGUCCAGGUGGUCCAGGUGGACCAGGUGGUCCCGUGGGUGCCCCCCCAGGUGCCGGUUCCUCCAGGUACGGCAGUCGACCGCGUGGUGGACCCUCUGACAGAAAAUAUCCUGAAGAUUCCUUCAUGAAGGAACCCGCUCCAGAUACCACUGGUAGGAAACGUUUGGUGCUGGCACCGAGAACCGUUCAGGAUCCAGUGAACGCGCUAGCUGAAACCGCCACACGUAGUUCGAUUUACGGUGGGGCCAAGCCGCGAGAAGAAAAAAUUGAAGAUGAUGCAGAGGAAGCUAAGUAAAUUCACAUACUGCGCUGUAACAGUUUCUUUCUUCCCAGUCAACAGUAGAGAGAAAUCAGUCUCCUUUAACAGCAAAUUUCAUUGGAAAAAGCUUGAAUGUAAGAGUCCUUCCAACUUCCUGGUAGAUGUCAAUAGCCAGAAUCUCCCUAGAGACUUCAUUUUUUUUCAUUACAAAAUAAUUUUUUCAUUCGAUCUUACAAUAGAUGAAAAAAAAACUGUUUAUGGGGAGAGUCUUUCUUAGUAAGAUUUUGAGAAGACAGACACUAUUGAGAAAUUAGGAAGUCAAAUUUUUCCUGUUUUGAAAAAUUGUAUGGUAGCUUGGAAAACAAAUAUUCGUAUGACUUUUUGUUUAGACACACUUUUUUUUAUUAAAGUCAAGUCUAUAUACAAAGUUAUUUGUAAAAAGAUUUAAGUUUGAGAAUAAUGCAUUUUUGAUUGUCUUUUUUUUAUCUCAAAGGAGCAUUGAUACCGAAACUAAUAUUGUACAAAUUUUAUUUAUCUUCUUCAGGAAGAAUUAUGUUUUGAUGUACAUAUAAAAUCUGAAAGAAUGAUAUGUCGAAUAUUAGUAAUUUUUUACAGCAAAACAAUUUAUAAUAAUUAGAACACCCCUUUGCAAUCAAAAGAAAAAUAAAUCGAUGCUCUUAAAAACAGUGAGUAUGUGUCGACAAAAAUUUCAAUUAUGCGAUUUGGUAUUUUAUUUUUCAUUAUAUUUCACUAAUAAAAUUUAUUCCUCACAACAUUAUGAUGAGCCUGUUUCUCAACAACGUAAAAAAGGAACUUAGAACCGCGCUUAGCGUCAGCAAUUUGGCAUAAGACAUUUUCUAUUCAAUAAAUACAGCACUUAUGCGAUAACCAGCGUAAAAUUAGAGACUUCUUCUAGAAGUUAAGAGAAACCAAUAAAAAAUAAUAAUAGUUAAUUAUAGAACACGUACAGGCACCACAUCAGACGCGUAAAUGCAUGUCUGAAUAUCGAUAAUAUUUAUGUGAAUAAUUAAGACUAUUGACAUAGGUAACAAAAAUACCGCGUGCACGAAUAUAUUUUGAUAUUCAUGCAGAUUUGUGUUGGGAAAAAAUUUGUGUCUCUACUUGUAAACGACAUCAAGAGUACAUCAAUCAUAAAAUAAAAAUAAAGUUGCAUUGCACGGAGCGCAAAAGUAAUAAUAAUGAUAAUAAUAAUAUUAACAAUAAUAAAAAGUAAUCGAAAAAAAAUAGUAAAACCAAUCAAUUUUUUUACACGCAGAAUGCACGCACUUUUCUUCGACAAACUUAGAAUCGAGAGAAGAAUGCGUUGCAGUUUUGCUCCUCCGCUGAUUUUCGAAGAGUACAAAAAGAAGCUAGUGAAAUCCCUCUCUUUCCACUCAAUUCUUUUCUUAAAAUGUUUUUCUUUUGCUUUUAUUAUUGACCUGAAGUAUCUCUCCCUUUUCACUGUGUACACAUUCUCUUUGCUACAAAACGAAAAUACACUAUUAAAGGACGUAAGUAGACAAAAAAAUUGAUAAAACGUGAGCAUUAUUCGAAUCACCAAUUCGAAAAAUGUAAAAAAAUUUUUAUUAUCGCCGAUAGAACGAUGUUACCGAUGCUAAGCAAGUGUAACGAAUCCAAAGAACUUACGUGAAUUUUAAACACGUUAGAUCUUUAUUAAAUCAUAAGAAUGAAACAUCAAAAGUAUAUCCAAGCGCGUAUAUAAUGCUGAGUCACUCUUACAAUAAUGACAAAAAACAAAUACAUUUUUACUAAUUAAGUGAAUUGUGCUAUGAUGAAGUUUAAACGUUGAUUGACUGACAUAUGUUAAAAAUAAAAAAAUAAUUAAACGAAAGGAAGCGACGAAUGAUGAGAAUAAAAUAGUGAAAAGUAUAAACGGAGAAACUUGAUUAAUUUUAUGUAAAGCUACGCUUGUAUAUGAAACACUAUUUCGUGAAUAAAAGUAGUUGUUUGCUUCGUAUCCGUGUAAUGUGUCGUCGUAAAAAAGGAAUAAAAUUUACAGAAAGCUAUAGAAGGACGUUUUGUGUAAUUCAAAUUGUGUAUACAUCUGCUAAAUAAUACUAUGAUUAAUGUA